GAGCAAUGUGUCAGGAAUGACUGGAAAUGUUUUUGGGAAUACUUUAAGUGCCAGUAAUCAGCAAAUUGGAAUGACCAGUCGUCCCUUAACUAGCCAAUCCACGACCAUGUCUGGUACAAACUUUAGCCAAUCAGCUGCUUCAAAUUCUGGCUUCUUUGGUAAAGAAACUGAAUCAAAACCUGGAGUUUUUGGUUCUGUACCUUCCCCGGCAGUGACUGCGGCUUUUCCAAGUGAAUCCCAAGCACAGAAAGACAUUGGCACAAACCCUUCAAACCAUACAUCGGGCAGCUCAAUGAGAUCUACUCCAAAAGCCAUGUCAUCAACAGAACAGUCAAGAACUUUAUCUUUAACUUGUAGUGAAGAAGAUAUGCAAGCCUUCAGGGCGGACAGUUUUGUUCUUGGAAAGAUACCAGAGUGUCCGCCACCAUUAGAGUUAUGUUAAAAACUUUGAUCCUUGAAAAGCUGAGAGACUCUUGGCAGCUAGUCUCGUGUAAACUCUAGCGUGAACUCUUCAGCUCUUCGUUUUCUAUUCCUGUCAGUCUUCACCUUCCAAAACCCUCGUUGUUUCUUUUUGGUUUAUUAGUGUCUCUUUGGUGUUUGUCCGCUGCGGGAUUUAUUCCUAUAUUGGGUAGCACUGACGGGGAAACUAGCUACAGAUCGCAAUACUGUUUUACUAAAGGCACCAAGGACUCGCGACCUGUCUAUUCUCGGUCUUCUUUGAUCACUUGGUUCUAAAAUAUACAAUUCUACUUACAUUAAUUUCACUUCAUUUUGACUCUAUCUCUGAUUAAUCUUUUUCUGAUUCUUACACUCUGUUUCUCACCGAGUGACUCCCGCUUUACAACUUCUCACUGAUUUCUAUUUAAACUCUACGGUACAUGAUGCUUAAACAUAUUCUCUGUCGGUAGGCACGAGUGUGCAUAAUAGGCGACAGACUAAACAUUUUUGUUGGAUCGCUAACCCAAACACUUUUCCAGGAAUCUCACAAAAUGAACAACAAUAUACUUGUACUUCCGAUCAACUGAAUCAAUUCAUGACAACGUAAGCCAAAACAAGAACUUUCGUGUGGGUCCAAAGCAAGGUCAGUAGACAAAUAAGCACAUGCACUGAUGCGAGGUAGACAAGACUCACUGAUUUGAAAACUCAUCGUGAUAGUUCAACCUAAAUAACUUCGGAAUUUCAUUUCAUGUUAAUAGUAACUACAUGCCUAAUAUAAACGAAUGACUAAAUCAUACUGAACUAACUUACUAGUUUUUCGUAACAGUUAAAACGGUUUCUUCUUAAAAGCUCUUAAAAUAUCCGUUCUUUGUGUAGCGCAGAUCAGUUGAAUCGCAGACACCCACAAAUAAGGUCAGGUGGUGGACAGAAAGGCAUUCAAUCGACAAUUACCUUUCUGCUUUCAUUAAAAUUUUGCUGGACAAUCAGAUUACAGAUCUGCAAAGCAGAAUCGUGGUAAAUGUACAUAGAAUAGAAACUAGAAUGUACUCAGAGAAAUUCCAUUGAAAUUCUCGAACCGUAUCGAAGAGGACAGCAUUGUUAGUCAUCUCAAAAGGAUCACCUAUCGGGGCCCUAAAGUGAAUUAAGCACCUGAUCCCAGCAUCAACCUUACAUCUCAUUUACCAAGCUUUAGUAAAACCACACUUUGAUUACUCUGACA